AUGUCGAGCACUCAAAGUUUGCCCAGAAAUCAAAGAAUUCAGGCUGCGCUUAACCUCCUGAUGCAGGCUCCUCCUGGAGAGUUCAACAACGUAUUUAGUGAUAUUCGUGUUCUCUUCAAUGAUGAUGUAGCACUAUACAAAGAGGUGAAAAGGUUGUGUGAUAAAUACAAUAAAGACAACAUAAUACCUAUACAUCUUAAUGGACAUCAUGUUCUCAUUACUCGUCACAACGAGGUGAAGAAAAACAGAUUCUUUGAUCCACACAGCCGAUUGAUGUUCACAUUCAAUCAUUUUACUAAAAAAGCUAGUGAUUUCAAGCCUGUCCUUGUAGGAAGUAAACAAGAAGCAGAGCAUGAACGGUGGAGACAUGCCUUCCAGGAGUCCUUAGAUGACUAUGUCAAAAACCAUUACCCCAGUGGUGUUUGUAAUGUAUACUGCAAUACAUUGCUUCGUAAAAGAGGUAUUGUUGUAUGUAUCGAAGCACAUGAUCAUAAUACCUCAGCCUUCUGGAAUGGACUUUGGACGUCAGAAUGGACUUUACCUCUUAGUCUACCCACCACCAAAGUUGCAGGAUGUAUUAAGUUACAGGCCAAUUACUACGAGGGUGGCUCAAUCCACUUGUCAACCUGUCACACCUUUGAGGAAACUUUGUGUCUUAAUGGAAUAAAAGAAGCAGCAAAUAGAUUGGUAGAAAUUGUAAAGAAGUCAGACAACACAAUUCAAGCUGCUCUAAUUGAAGAGUACAAUUCUUUCUCUCAUACUUCCUUAAAGGCAAUGAGAAGACAGCUGCCAGUCACUCGGAGCACUCUGGACUGGAACAAAAUAUUAGCAUCCAGAAUUUUAGAAUCCAAACCAAACUCAAGCACCCUUUGA